AUGAUGAAGGUCCCAAAGACACUCAUCGAUCAAUGUCUGCGGCUGUAUAACGAUAAACUGUAUGUGAUCUGGCCUUUACUUUGCUAUGAUGAUCUUCACAAGCUUUUAGAGGAGAGAUACGAUGAAAACUGUGUGUACUGGUUUUUGGUUUCUCUUUCAGCGGCCACUCUUAGCGAUUUACAGACUGAAAUUGAAUCCGAAGAGGGGGUUACAUUUACAGGGAAGCAGCUGUCGAGUUCGUGCAUGUCGUCACGCCACGAAUUUGACGAUUUCAAUGGCAGUGACAUAUUCAAGAUUAUGACAUAUUACUGCUUGAACCGGUGUUACGCACAGAUGUCUAAUUCAAGAACUUCAUACCGACUUUCUUGUGAAGCUGUAGGGCUCAUCAAGCUGGCUGGAUACCAUCGCGAGGAAACUUUAGAACGUCUCCCUUUCAAUGAGCAGCAACUUGGAAGAAAGGUUUACUAUUUACUUCUCUUGACGGAGAGAUACUUUUCUGUAUAUACACAUUGUGCUACAAGUCUGGAUACCACGAUAGCUCCACCACAGCCGGAGAUUGUAACCGAUCCCCGGCUUUCUCUGGAUAGCUUCCUGGAAAUGAUUAGGGUGUUCACUGUACCAGGAAAAUGCUUCUUUGAUGCUUUAGCUACCGAUUGCGCUAAUGUAACUUGUACUGAAGAAUCUUUAAAAAAAAUAUGGAAGGAACUUCAUACGGUGCCGCUCGAGAUAGAGCCCUGGUCCUACGGUUAUGUAGACAUAUCAUUUUCGCGGCACUGGAUUAGAACACUUGCUUGGAAGCUGGUUCUUCAAAUAAGUGGUAUGCGAAUUAGUUUCCUUUCGAACAACAAAAACGCGCAUAUUCCCGUAGAGGUCGCUAGAGACAUGUUGGAAGACACAUUUUUGAUCCCGAACAAUCUCUAUGCGGUACACGGUCCUGGAAUAUCAGUGAAGGCACUAGAAAUAGCGGACGCAUUAGUGGACGUCGUGAACCAGUAUGAUCCGAAAAUCGAGUCAGAGGCGUGGAGUUUUCUGUUCGAUAUAUCUAAGUUUGUUUUUUCUCUUAAGCAUUGUGAUAGCACAUUGGUUGAUAAGUUUAAAAAAAAGUGCCAGUGUGCACUUAUCACGCUUCCUAUCUCUAAGCCAUUAGAAACUACAGAUAGAACUAAAGAAGAAGCCGAUAAGAUUGUUAACUAA